CUAUAUAAACUCUGGAGAGACUGCAGCAAAUCACAGAACCGUCGUGCCAUCGACCCGAGAAGUCACUUGAGAGAGACAGAGAGAGAAAGCGCCAGAGAGAGAAAAGAAGCAUUCAUUUUUAAGGAUAAAGGCAGAACACAGCAAUGGAAUCCACCGCAUUUUUCGCUAACAUGACACCGUUUGCACCUGCUCCUAGCUCCUACCUUUACAGCAUGGUUCUAAACGGACUAGCUCAGAGAAGCAGCCCACCUUCUCUAUGGAGACCCUGGAUCAUGACCACCAGAGACAUGGAGAGAAAGAACAGGAGACAGCAGACUUGUCCUUACGCCAGACCUGCAAACACAGAAAGCUUCACUGAAACAGAAAAGACGCAGCCCCUAUUCCAGCACCCAGUCAGACUAUUUUGGCCCAAAUCUAAAUCCUACGACUACCUGUACAGUGAUGGGGAAAACCUCCUGAAGAACUUCCCAGUCCAGGCAACAAUUAGCUUCUACGAGGAGUCUGACAGCGAGGAUGAGGAGGAAUAUGAUGAAUCUGAGAGCGAACAGGAGGUCUCUCCAAAACACAAGGCUCUACCUGCGACCCACUUCACCAGCUACAACUGAACCUACUAUCAACAGCUUAGAACCUAUUUAUUUAUAUUUAAAAUAUAUUAAUUUUAUUUCUGCAAAAAUGUAUGGUGAAAAACAAAGAUCAAUUGACUCUAGUAAUCAGCUGAAGAGAAUCUUUGUUCUUGUUGGCAAUAUAACCCAAGUCACCUAGUUCCUUCACUGUUUUGUGCUUGUUAAGAUACUGAGCUGUUCAACGUGCCAUCUGUUUAAUAAUCUUGGUGUGAUGCCUAAACUUUGUUAUUUAUUGUUUUUAGUAUUAGACCUCGAUUGUCUCAUUUCUUUUGAUUUACUGAUCCCAUAUUGGGGUUGUUUAUUUCAGAGGAGUGGCAUAACAAAACUCAGGAUUAUAUUUUUUUUGUAACAAAUAUAUUAAAAUGUUAUUUUUUUUAUUUGUUAAUUUAUGAUGCAAAAAAAACUGUACAUAUUGUAAAUUGAAAUGGUUUUGUACAGAAAUAUAAUUUAAAACCAGAAUUCUAUUUAAAUAAAAACUUUCAAAAGA